GUCUCUCUUCACGUUCUCCUCAUUUACAAUAAGGCAGCGGCUUGGGCAACUCUCUCCGUAACCUCUCACCAUAGUCUUUUUAUAUUUGCUCACCUGUUCUCUCUAUAUAUACAUAAACAUACGUACAUAUACUGUAUAACUACAUCUUCAAUGGCGCAACUCUGCUUGCACGUUCUCCUUUUAACGCUCUCAAGUUAUCUUCUAUCAGGAGUAUAUUCAGCGGCGACAUUUACAAUAGUAAAUAAGUGUGAGUUCACAGUAUGGCCAGGCAUUUUAUCAAACGCAGGAAUCGCGCCACUUUCCACCACCGGUUUUUCUCUGCAAAAGGGUGAGGCCAGGACAAUCGACGCACCUUCUGCAUGGGGCGGCCGAUUAUGGGGUAGGACUCUCUGCAGCGAGGACUCUACCGGAAAAUUCUCCUGCAUCACAGGUGAUUGUGGCUCCGGAAAAAUGGAGUGCGUCGGAGGUGGUGCCACUCCACCAGCAACGCUGGCAGAGUUCACGCUCGACGGUUCCGGCGGAAUGGACUUCUACGAUGUCAGCCUGGUCGACGGCUACAACGUUCCGAUGCUGGUGAUACCACAGGGCGGUUCCGGAGCCAAUUGCACGUCUACUGGAUGCGUUGUGGAUUUGAACGGGGUUUGUCCGUCGGAGCUCCGAGUGACAAGUAGCGACGGCGACAACGUCGCUUGCAAAAGCGCCUGCGAGGCCUUUGGGCAAGAGAAGUAUUGUUGCAGCGGCGCGUACGCCACACCAGAUACCUGCACGCCCUCGUCCUACUCGCAGAUUUUCAAGAGCGCGUGCCCGCGCGCAUACAGUUACGCCUAUGAUGAUAAAACAAGCACGUUCACAUGUGCCGGUGUCGAUUAUAUCAUAACGUUCUGUCCGGCACCAAACACGAGUCAAAAGAAAUUGAACGGACAAAUUCCAGGGUAUGAAGAGAGUGACGGCACGAUGGUAUACGAAGGAGCAUUGGAUGCGAGCAGUGCACGACUAACAUGUACUCCGCCAUUGGCCUUGGCCGGAGCCGUCGCUAUCCUGGCGGCAAUGUGGUAGUUGCGUCGGCUCUUCUGACUUGCCUUUCAAUCAACAACGUUUCAAUUCCUUUUUCAAGAUGGGCCCACCAAUGUUGUCAGAAUUUGGGUAAUUUAUCAUGCGUGGACAGUUGAAAGUUUUGUGGCCCUUUCUCCAUAUAUAGGCCCAAAUAGAUGACCCAUGUGAUGAGGAAUUGUCGAGUUGAGUCACCAAUGGGACAAUUGGAUAGGACACUAUCAAUGAAGUUGAGAAAGAGUGAA